ACAACUUCCUUGACAUUCCAUUCUGUUUGAAGAUGGCAGACGAAGCUCUUUCUAGAGCUGGUUUACAUUUUGAUGAAAUUAACAAAAUUAGAGUCCUUGAACCUGAAGUAGCACAGCAAACACAAGAACUAAAAGAAGAAUGUCGAGAAUUUGUUGAAAAAAUUGGAGAUUUUCAGAAGAUUGUAGGAACUUUUAUAGAAGUUGUUGAUAAUGUUUCAAAAGAAGUAGAAAAAGAAAAAAUGAAGGCAAUAGGAUCUAGAAAUUUAUUAAAGUCUAUAGCAAAACAAAGAGAAGCACAACAACAACAGUUGCAAGCUUUAAUUACAGAAAAGAAAAUGCAAUUAGAGAGAUUACGAAUACAGCAUGAUGCCUUAAAAAAGACUGAAGAUGAUCAGAAAGAAUUCAUUGAACAAUUUUUAUUGCAGAAAUAGUCCAUUUGUUAUUGUAUAUGUUGUGAUAUUUAUAUUAUUAGAUUUUGAAAUUAAA